ACACAACCACUGCGCCUCCUCCAGCUGAUGAGCAGCACCCUCACUGCAGCAGCCUAGAUCCGACUGAAGAAGGUCCGAGGGUGGGUGGGGGGAGACCCCAGGAGGACCCAUUCUGCAACCCCGAAGGGGCGCGCGCGGGCACGGAGAAAGCAGUUCAUCCGUGCGCGCUCCCAGCCAGCAGACUCCGAACCAAAGUCGCCGCCGCCGCCGCCGCCGCUGCCGCCGCUUCCCGGCUCGCCCUCAGCGCGAUGCCGCCCCCGAUCCGGGGCUUUCCUCCCGAAACCAUCUACCUCAGAUGAUCACCUGCGCUCGGAGUGCGCGCGUGCGAGCUGCGUGUUUCUGCAGUGCGAUGCUGACGGCAUGUUUCCUCCUCGUCGUGAAGCUCAGCGGCGCUGCGCAGCGUAGAGGAGCAGCAGGAGGCGCAGGAGGAGGUGCGGAAGGAGCGGGAGCGCUCACAGCGGGCUGUUGCAGCAAGGCAGCAUCAUGGAGGCUGGAUGCGUGGUUGCCGCGGUGAUUGAGAAUGCUGCUUCAGGACCCCAGGGAGAACCAGGAAGUAGUGACGUCCUUGAGGGUGAUGUGCUGCAGUCAGCUGAGCGGGACAAGGAUGAUGCCUUACCUCAAGCUACGAACAACCAUCCUCCAGAGGAUACACAACCACAAGAGAUAUCCACUGCCAUGCAGGUGAGGAGCGAUGACRUCACAGAUCAUCCAGCCGAGCCCCUCCUGCGCUCCUGCGUCAGCACCGCGAGCAUGAAGGUCAAGAACAUGAAGAAGUUAACGUUCCCCAAGGRUCACUUCCCCAGACUGGCAGAGUGUGCCCAUUUCCAUUAUGAGACUGUUGAUUUUGGCAACGUUCAGUUGGCUUUAGCAGAGGGGCAAACCGAAGGACCAAAGUCUGGGCUGGACUCUAAAGAACUCGUUUUUAUGAUCCAGAUCACCUGCCAGAGUCGAAACUGGUUGGUGAAGAGAUCUUAUGAGGACUUCAGGGUUCUGGACAAACACCUGCACUUGUGUAUCUAUGACCGUCGUUACUCCCAACUCGCUGAGCUUCCACGACACGACACCUUAACUGAAACUGUUGAGUCAGUCACCACGAUGUUGGCGAACUACCUGUCCCGCUUUUCUGCCAUAGCAGACAACAAAAUCAACUGUGGUCCAGUUUUAACAUGGAUGGAGAGCGACAACAAGGGGAACCAUCUGCUGGUGUCGGAGGAAGCUUCGAUCAAUAUCCCCGCCAUCGCUGCCGCCCACGUCACCAAGCGUUACACGGCUCAGGCCACCGACGAGUUAACCUUCGAGGUCGGAGACAUCGUGUCGGUCAUCGACAUGCCUCCCAAAGAAGACACGGGCUGGUGGAGAGGAAAACACGGCUUUCAGGUYGGUUUCUUCCCAUGUGACUGCGUUGAGCUCAUAAAUGAUAAGAUUCCCCCAAGUGUUCAGAACUCCGUGCCGAAGCCAGUGUGUAAGAGGCACGGGAAGCUUGUAACGUUCCUGAGGUCCUUCAUGAAGUCUCGGCCACCGCCACAGAAGCUCCGACAGCGCGGUAUCCUCCGGGAGCGAGUUUUCGGCUGCGAUCUCGGGGAACAUCUUCACAACUCAGGACACGAGGUCCCACAGGUGGUAAAAAGCUGUGCUGAGUUCAUUGAGAAGAAUGGAGUCGUGGAUGGAAUUUACAGACUGUCGGGGAUUUCUUCCAAYAUCCAAAAACUGAGGCAUGAGUUCGACUCAGAGCAGAUUCCAGAUCUGAGCAGAGACGUCUUCAGACAGGAUAUCCACUCGGUGGGCUCCCUGUGCAAGCUGUACUUCAGAGAGCUGCCCAACCCUCUGCUCACCUACCAGCUCUACGAUCGAUUCUCAGAGGCCGUGUCUGCAGCCACAGAAGAGGAGAGGCUGCUCAAAAUCCACAAUGUCAUUCAGCAGCUGCCCCCUCCACAUUACAGGACUCUGGAGUUCCUCAUGAGGCACCUCACCCGCCUGGCUGCCUUCAGCUCAGUCACUAACAUGCACACAAAAAACCUCGCUAUCGUCUGGGCUCCGAACCUCCUCAGGUCCAGGCAGAUCGAGUCGGCCUGCUUCAGUGGCACAGCGGCGUUCAUGGAGGUGCGUAUCCAGUCGGUUGUGGUGGAAUUCAUUCUCAACAAUACGGAGUCCCUCUUCAGYCCAAAACUCAGUGCUGUUUUAAGAGAAAACARUGGUAACAACACCUUGUCCAGACCAAAGUCCCUGAUGGUUUGCUCCCCAUCCACAAAGCUGUUAUCUUUAGAGGAGGCACAGGCUCGCACUCAGGCACAGCUUGGAUCGCCAGCUACCACCCCCUGCCUCACCCACAGCGACUACAUCGAGGUCGGGGAGGGGCCCGAAGCGCUCCUCGGCAAAUUCCAUACAGUCAUUGAGCUCCCCAUGGAGAGGUAGAGGCCUCCUGUUAGGUCUAAGAAGUCUCCCGUGGGGAACUGGUUGUCCUUUUUCCACCUGGGCAAGUCCCACUCUGUGUCCAAACGUAAACUGAAGCGACACCCGAGCGAACCCAACGAGAUAAAGAGCAUAGCACUGCCAGGUGGUCGAGGAGAUGGCGGCACAUUGCGGUCCACCAAAAGUGAAGAAUCUCUUACGUCUUUGCAAAAUUUAGAAGGAAAGCCUCCAAGUUAUCGACCCCUCAGACCUCGUUCAACCAGUGAAGCUGUUUCUGGAAUCAACAAUGACGAACAYGUCAGGAGAAAAGAUGACCACAGAACUCACCCCGGGACAGAAAGUAAUAAUGAUCUGGAUAAAGUUUGCGUUUCCCCACUUCAAUCGGAGGACGAUCUCGACCUUUUCCCGCCAGCUGCAGGCAUUUCGACKUUGGACUUUGACCCCAUGUCUUUUCAGUGCAGCCCAGCAUCAGCAACCCCUGCCCUUCAACGCAGCAGAGAUGGAAGCAAGUGGAAAAGGAGUGUAGGCUGUUCCAGUGAAUCAGAACCUAUCUCCCCUCCCAACAACAUCAUCUGCUCAUACUCUCCAGAUGCCAGCCCAGUACUCUGUAAAAAUGGGAAAAAGGUUACCUCCAAGCAGCUUUCUCCCAAACUGAGAAAGAAAUCCUUUAAAACGCUGGCAGAUGUUCAAACUGCAUCUGUUUCCCUGCCCCCCGUGUCGUCUUUCCCCCCUCAAGUGUGCGAGGCUCCAGUGGCAGAUGGAAAUGAGCCAAGAGCAACGGCCUUUCAGCGCUGCAGUCCGCCCAGCACAGCGAGUCAGGCACCAGCCGUGACGGACCGCACUCAGUCGGCACAGAACCUGCCAGAUCCAGGAACAGAUAGACUUAUGAGUUCAGUCUCUGUUCUCCCUCCUCACCCUUCCUCGAUGAGCGCCGCACGCAAGUUGGCUUUGGCGCUGGCUGAAACUGCCCAGAAGGCCAGCAGUGCCUCCCAGCGAAGGAGCAACACCCCGCUGCACGUUUUCCAGAGACAGGAAGCAUCUCACACCUACGACAGACUGCCAAGACCCUCUGCUCUGGAUCUCCAAGCGCACCCCCAGGAGUACUCCGCAGAGACUCGCUGCUGUUCUCAUCCUGUUCGUUUCUUACCUUCGCGUCUGUGCUCAGAGGUCAYUGAUGGUCAGGAGAGUGUGUGCAAUUUUACCCCUAAUGUCAGCCCACUUGGCUCAGGAAGCUUAGACGAAGGCAGUGCAGAAGAGAGGGACGACCCGGGAGGCAUUAAUCUAGAAGAACACACUUAUCAGAGUGUAGGAGUUUCGACUCCCGCUCAGCCUGUCUGCUUGGUUAAAAACCCUUCGACCUCUCCUGUGUAUGCCAACACAGACUCUGUAGAUGUUUAUAAUUUCCGCUCUGUCCUAUCAGAAUCUCUGAUGCCUGCAUCCGUUGAGGAGUUUUUUCCAYGUCCGUCGCACGCCUCUUCAGUCCAUCACUACAGCCCAGAAGAAGACAGACCACUCGGUGUGGAUGAGAACGUCUACAACUAUCACCAUCAGCGUCCUCAUAAUCGCCCGACUCAUACAGGACGAACGUCUACGCCUCACUGCCCUCGGCCAAGUGCGCUGCCACCUCAACUCUCUGGGGYUAAAGGCUUGUACAGGCAGUCUUCUGAGGGCCAUUACAGCUCUUUAGGUUUAAGGCAACCUUUAUCACCUCAAUACAGACGUUACCAUAAAAAUGAGCACCUUACGGGUGGGUUYCACCGGCAACAAGGGCAAUGGCUGAGGUCCGAGGACAGAGUGGUUGGGCACCCAGCAAUCCGGAGGGCUCGCUCUUUCCACGCUCCUCAGAUAAGUCGCUAUGAGUUGGCAAACACGGAAGUUCUCCCAGCUGACACCAUGUUUUAUGUUGAACCAAGGACAGACCAGGAGGAGUGCUAUCGAAGGUUGAUUCAGACUGGCCUGAACCCCGUACGGCCACAGUUUGAGAACACUCGUGCUGAGUACCAAUGCAGCCCCUAUUCUGAUAUGAAUACUGUCGACGGCUCUCGUUAUUUCAUAGAUCCUCGUCGACAAAGUGGUAUUCAACACCACCAGACCUACGCCGUGCAUUCCACAAGGGAAAGUGGACAAUCAGACUACUAUAACUAUUCUCCUCAACGURUCCCUCCUGGGAACAGAGAGCUUUACAUUGAAAGCAGAGGCACUGUUGUUUACGAAGCUACAGAUGCUGAAGUUUUUGAGAGAGUCAUAUAUCAACCAAUCAAGCAAGAGAGUACAUCCAGAGUGAAAAACCCAUACCCUUCUUUGUCUCCCUGCGACAGUCCGGUCUUACAAAGUGAAACUGGAAGCAGAGACAUCGUACACAUAAGAAGCAAGUCAGACCCCGGAAAUGCCAACCUCCUCUCUACUGACAGGACAGAAGGCCAAACGGCCAUAGUUACAUCCCAAACCUCCCCAAGGACUCRACAAGUAGACCCCGAAGUCACCAGGCAGAGGUCUGGUUAUACCUCUGGUGCAGAACUGAGACGGAUUUCGAUCAAAGAGAGCUCCUCGCAGCAGCUUCGCAAAGUCCCCUCACUUCCAGAGAGAGGUUGCCCCAAGUCCUUUGAGCACAAUGAGAGUUGCCGUCCACGAGGUCACGACCAAGAUCGAUUAAUGAUGACCAAUGCUGCCAACAGCUACUCUGGUGUCUGGAAACCCGGCGUCCUCAGGAGAUCUGGCCGAUCACAAAGCACCAGAGAACAUCGCCAAUAUUAUCAUUAUCACACCAAAUCUCCCCUGGAUCCCGAACAUCUGGAAUCGUUUUCGUCACGCCUCCAGAGACGAACUCAAAGCACUAAAGUCAAGCCCACACAGUACGACCACAUGGAGGGGUAUUACGCCGCACCUAGACCUAAAUCUACAAGAUCCAGUAAAGCUGCAUCUGGAUAUUUACCUGGGCAGAGCUGCAUGUCUCCCCGUGGACAGAGACUGCUCUCCAAGGUUCUGGGCCGUGAGGCGUUUUAUCACACUGGUCUGAGAUCAGAGGCUGGGGUCUUCGAAUGAUUCCAACCAUUUGCUUUUUAUCUGAUUCCAUGUUGGGGCCAAAGGAGAGCUGCACUUUAUCCUCAGCUGCACCUACAAGACUGUUGUGCAGAAAGUGUUUUUGUUCUAACGUUCAAGAGCUGCUACAAGAAGUGUUUAACAAGGCUGCAGCUGGGGAGCAAACUGUUGGAACUCCUUUUCUUUCUUUUUUUGUUUUUUUUGUGGUUUCUGUAAAAAAAACUGAAUGGGAGCAAAAUGAAUGACGAUAUUGUCUUAACUUUAAAGCUGUGGAAGAAACUAUAAGAAGCAUGCUUAAAAAACGACCGCUGACAUGUUUUAUUUAGUGUUUAGAGUACAUGACAAGGGACAACAAGGUAAAUUAUUUGUUUAUUAGUAUCAUUUUUAAAAUGUAUAAAACUACCAUUUAUUUUAAAUGUAUUAUACUUCUAUAAAUCACAUCAAAUAUGUGGCCAACGUACUGUACAUUUUGUUUUCUAGUCUGCUCAGACUUCAACAAGCACUUUUGAAGAUGAAACAUGUUUUAACGUGGUGUACAUGGAGACAAACAUCGUAUAUUUUUUCUGUUAGAAACAAGCUUGCUCUGAGUUAUUGUUAAAUGCUAAAAUAGCACUUUGGAGGGGUAAAAAUGGAAGAUAACUUCAUGCAUUCUAACUUUUCAGGGGCCAUUUGCAAAGUUUUCUUUCUCACAUAUUGUUUACUGCAGUCUAAAUGAGUGCUAUGAUUUCUGCUCAAAUCAAUGCUAUAGUGGAGACAAAUGCUAGACCUUAAUGCAAAUCAGCUCCUGCUGUUAGGUGAAAAAGUGUAUUUUCUAUACCAUUGUAGUUUUGUCAUAUAAUGAAAACUUCUUUGCUCUUUAUAGAGAACUUUUAACAAUGUGGUGUUUUACAGGAAACAUGAUGUUGUUUUAUUCAUAAAAGAUGCUAUUUCAAUUUCAGACUUGUAGAAAUGGACAUUCCGGUAACACACGUUAUACGAGUUAUUUUCGUGACAAUAAAAAAAUAAAGAUAUAUUAUUAA